AAAUGUCAAAAUAACUCGUUCUGUGCUGGCAGGCCAGCUGUGCAAAUUGUAAGUAAGCAUGUUGGAUUGGAUAUUUUAUAUUUUAGUCUAAUUCAAUAAUUUGAAUGGGAGUGUUGGUUCCUUCUUGAAUUAAUGAUAUAUAAUAAAUAGAUAUAAAAUGCUACAUUAUUUAAUAGCAGUAACAUCCAUUCUGUUUAUAUUAUGUGUUUCGGCAAGUGGUCAACUUUUAGAAGGAAUAUAUUGUGGAAAAGAGAACUGCUAUGAUGUGUUGGAAGUUACAAGGGAGACAACCAAAAAUGAAAUAUCCAGAAGUUAUCGAAAACUGGCCAGACAGUAUCACCCUGAUCUGCACAGAACACCGGAAGCCAAGGAAAAGGCUGAAGAAAGAUUCAAAAUAAUUGCAAAUGCAUAUGAAAUUCUUAAAGAUGAGGAAGCUAGAUCAGAUUAUGAUUAUAUGUUGGAUAAUCCAGAUGAAUACUACGCUCAUUAUUAUAGAUAUUAUCGAAGAAGAGUAGCUCCCAAAGUAGAUGUAAGAAUAGUAUUAAUAGUGACAAUUUCUAUAAUAUCAAUAAUCCAGUAUUACAGUGGUUGGCAGAAAUAUGACCUUGCUAUUAAGUACUUUAUGACUGUGCCAAAGUAUAGAAACAAAGCGCUAGAAAUCGCCAAAGAAGACGGGCUUCUACAAAAUGAUAAAAAGCAGAAGAAAAAUAAAAAAGAGUUAAAAGAAGAAACUGAAACCAUCAUAAGAAAAGUAAUCGAAGAUAAGAUGGAUAUUAAAGGGGCUUAUGCCAAGCCAUCUAUUACUGAUUUGCUCUGGAUACAAUUAAUUAUAUUUCCGUAUACAAUAGUAAAAUAUAUUUCUUGGUAUGUGUCUUGGUAUUGGAGGCAUAGUAUAUUAAAACAACCAUAUAGUGAAGAAGAAAAACUGUACAUUAUUAGAAAAUAUAUGAAAAUGAGUGAACAUCAGUUUAAUAGUCAAGAAGAUGAGAAAAAAGAAGAUUUCUUAAAACAAGAGUUGUGGAUCAGGGCCAAUUUUGACGAAUGGCAUAAACAGGAAGAAGAAAAUGCUAAGAAACAGUUAGCUGAAAACAAUAAAUAUAAGCAAUAUAGAAGAUAUCUUAAGAAUCAUGGAGUGGGAAGAAUGACAUUUGACGAUUCUUGAUCUUUAGUUAAUACAGACUCUAACAAAUUUUUUUUAUUUAUUUAUAUAUUUUUAUUACAAUGUUGCUGUGUUUAACAUUUUUUUGAUAUUCCCGAGGUACAAACAUGUAUAUAACAUCAGAUAGACAUAUCUUGAUGUAUACAAUAGGAGUUUGACAUUAAAUGUUUCUAACUCUAUAAGUAUAUUCUAUCAAAAAAUUUAUAAACCCUUAUUACAACUUAGAAAGCUGAUAUACUAAAAGAAUAUUCAAAUUCUUAAAACCACAUAUUUUCUACUGUAAUGCACUUAAGCUAAUUUCAGAAACAAAGCUAAUUUCUAAGUUAUAAUAAAAAUAUACACGUGCUUCGUCAAAAAUAUAAUCCAUCCAAUAUUUUCCGUUAAUAUAAUUUUUUCCUAAUCUAA